GUUGAUCGAUGGACAGAUACCAAAAAGUGGAGCAGCCACGACCGGAAUCCACCAUAAGCGAAAACGAGGUACGAAUCACAAGUCAGGGCGUCAUCCGCAACUAUGUUAGCUACGCCACGAGCCUCUUUCAGCUCUAUGAAUCGAGAUUGACGGUCAAUGAGCAGUUUCCUCUUGUUUGAUUUAUGAAUUGUGAAUGCUCCGAUGGUCGAUGACCAUUAUCUUCUUAACAAGGAUAAACUUGUUAGAGAGAUUGUUUUAAAGGCAAUGGGACAGGCUAUCAGCAAAGCUGUGGCAGUUGCAGAAAUCGUAAAGAAAAGGAAUCGUGGGUUAUAUCAAGAUACUGCAAUCAGUUCUGUCAGUAUUACUGACGUGUGGGAACCCAUUGAAGAAGGCCUUGUGCCUCUGGAGACGACACGGCAUGUUUCAAUGAUUUCAAUUUCUCUAUCAGCCAGAGAAUUAAACAAAAACUCCCCUGGGUAUCAAGUUCCCUUGGAGCAGCCAAGGCGCCAGCCCAGGUAUCAGCAACCUCAACAGCAACUGCAGUUUAAAAUAAAGCAAGAACGGAAUCAAUUCAACGAGGAUUCAUAUGCCGGAGGACACAUCGGAGGACACAUUAGAGGUCGAGGAAGAGGAAGAAGAGGAAGGGGUUGGGGAAGAGGAUAUGGUAGAUAUGAAUACGACCAGGGUGGGUAUGACAACUACCAACGAGGAUAUGGCGAAUAUGACUACAAUCAAGGUGGAUAUGGUUACGAUCAAGGUAGAUAUGGUUACAAUCAAGAAAAUGAUGCUUGGAACUCCAAUUGGGGACGGGGCAGAGGUGAAUGGACUUACUAUGGUGGAGGAUAUAGUGGUGGCAGGGGUGGCAGCGGAAGGACUAGUGCAAGAGGCUACAGCCGUGGACGAGGAAGGGUGGGCCGCCGUGGGUGAGGGAACCAGGUACAGUAUUCAGACAUCGUGUGUUUACGAUACUUAUCGUGCCUGCUUGGUUAGUUUUCGCAUAAAGGAAAAGUGUGUUCUUCUCCAUUGCCUUAUCCGUGGAAUUAUCUAUUAGUUAUGUUUACACAAGAAGAGACUUUAGCGGCAAGGAAAGUGGUCGGGCUUUCUCUGUCCCAAGAUCUCUGUUUAGUCGAAAGGUUUUUGUUACCCAUGUCGAUAGUUCAGUGGAGUUUGUAGAGUGCAGAAAUCUGUUCAAACUUGUUCAGAUAUACAGUAGUGCAUACUAGCAGGUAUGUAAUUCUUUACU